AUGCUUCAUGUCGACAAACCGGACAGUAUGAUGACCGAGCCUAUAUCUAUUACGGCAAAAUCUCUAAAACCUAAUGGCACAUACGAAAUAGUGCUCAGACUGAAUCAUUUCAUGGGUAUGUUGUUCGGACGUGCCGUAUAUAGAGCUGACGAUAAAGGUGUGAUAGACUUGGCAAAAACUGCACCACUGAGAGGAACAUAUACAGGUAAAGGCUGA